AUGGCAAGAUGCGCAAUCGUAGCUCUGUUUAUCACAUUUACUUGCAUGUGGUGUGUCAUAUUUGAAGGUAAGAAUGAAUAAUAAUCGAGGGUUUUAGCCAAGGAGAAGUAAUAUGUAUCGGUCCUGUUGUGGGUAACAUGCGGGAAGCCGAACACAACACGAUUCCAUAAAAAAACCAAAACAUUUGAUAGAUACAAACAAUUAAGAAAAGAUGAAAUGUUACCUAUCGCUCGCGUCGCUCUGUUUUUAGAAUACUGCAAUAUCGAAUGAAUUUAUAUCCCAAUACUGCAAACGAAUAUUUGAAGCAUUUAAUCGUACAUCUACAUGAUUAGAGUUUAUAACAAAGUUGAUUUCUGGUCCUCAGGACCCAUUUGAAAAUUAAGAGGAAAAUGGUCGUCUUGCGCAAAACAUUCUGCCGAGCGAUUUGAUUUACGAAAACUAGUAAAAUUCUUCCUUGAAGACUGUUUCAAUUGCAAAAUUUGCUGUAAGCAUAUACUGUAAUUUGGAAAGAUCUGUUCUGACCCGGGGGAAUGUGCUAUCUUUAUGGUUUAAUUAGCCUUCGAGCAAGCUCUCUGGGGAAGCGAAGCGAGCCGUGAGGCGCGUGCCUCUCGCGCGUCUACUCUUCACGAUAUCUCUCAAAUGGAGAGCUUGUUCGCAGGCUAGGAUUAAUGGCAGUUCAGUACUGUGUGCCAAGGGAAAAAUGUGCACUUAGUUAGGAUAAAAUGCCGGAACGCAAACUUUAGGUUAUUUCAGAUAUUGAGUGAAACAUGCAGUAUGUGCGAAAAAAUAGAUGUCCAGAAUGUUUUAAACAUUGAAUACAGAAAUGACUACCCUCCCCUCCGGUUAGAUUGAGACAUGAAGUGUUUCCUUUUGUAAACAAACAGCUAAUUAUAGUAAGAAAAAUCCGCUUUACAGGCGGCGGACAGCUCUCGUGACCUUUAAGAUAUCAAAUGUUAUACGAUCCCUAUAACAUACCUCUGCUUGGCUCUUUAUUGUAUCUGACACUAUGUUAUCCCUAAAAGAGUACCGUAAAAUUCCGAAAAUAAGCCCCGGGCCCUUUUUGAGGGUCCUAUUUUUGGAGGGGCUUAUAUUCGAAGGGGCUUCUAUAGGCUUAUACUUGGAGGGGAAUUUGAGUCUCAAAAUCGAUUGGGCUAGCUUAUAGUUGGAAGGAAAUUUAUGUCAGUAAGGCCCGGUUCAGACGCCGAACUUUUCAUGAGCCGAACCUAAUACAUUGAAUUAAGUACAUGAAAAGUUCGGCGUCUGAAUCAAUCAGGAACGCCUCAGCCGUUCUUCACGCCUAGCCCAGCCGGGAAUUUCGCCGUUGGAACGACUUUGGAACGGCUUUGAUUCAGACGCCGAACUUUUCAUGUACCGAACCUAUGCAUAAAUUAUUAUAACGUAUUUUGUAAGCAGUUUGUCGGAAAUUAGCAUUUUCCACCUUUUGAACUUAGUUCAGCUGCGACAAAGAUCGGCGUCUGAAUCAGUUCAGGCGAUCUUAAUAAUUUGGGUCGGCCUUAAUUCGAAUUAGGUUCGGCUCAUGAAAAGUUCGGCGUCUGAACCGGGCCUAAUUUGUAGGUUUUACUGAAACUCGCGUUUAGGACGUUCACCAUUUCAAAAACCAGCCGUGCAAGUACUUUGUCUUUAUGAAAAAGCCAAAAGUGAAGAGUGAAUCACGCAAACAGUAAUAUACUGUGACACUUUCUGACUGCAAUCAUUUGGCACACGUCAUAGUUUUUUUGGCAAAAGGAAAGAAAUAUAUGUUACUGUAACAGUAUUGCUUUGUUUUACUUUGAAUUUGAGGGCAUUUUCCAAGUACAAGCCCCCGGAGGCUUAUAUUCGGAGGGGCGAUUUAACGGAGGGCUUUUUGCUUUACGAGUUUCAGGGGCUAAUAUUUGGAGGGGCUUAUUUUCGGAAUUUUACGAUAGCCUUGUUACAGCUGGUCAUUUUAUUCGAAUGACCGUGUUAGGGAGGGGUAACAUUGUGGGUUUGUCCAAGAGGUAAAAAUGCGCAAAAACAGCUCACGAAUGUAUGUUGUGCUUAAGGUCAGGUGACAAAAUGUGAAAAUGACCUGCAGUACAAAUUUAAAGCAAAACCUGGGUCGCUUUAUAAUAGCUGGGCUAACUUAACCAAGGGUUGAUGCAAAAUUUUAAUUCAGAUUUGAGAGCUUAUUUAAAAGGAAAGUCAAUCAAAUUCUUUUGGUCUAAAAUUUGAUGAUUGGAUGCUCUAAAAGUUAGUAGAGAAAAUUAUCCGAAAAAAUGCUUUUGAACAAAAGAUCCCGGAUUAACCGGCCUUCGAAAAACUCACUGGGCUCAGAUUAUUUUUGUAUAAAGGUCAUUUGCAAAACGAAUGAGUGAUAAAAACUUCUCGGAAACCUCCUAAAGGUAGCAAAUUUGUCUGCAUUAUGUCCAGCCUUUAGUUCAUGCAUAACUUAUACCAAAGAUGUAACGAAAUUUCUCCCAUAGAUUUCUGUGAAACUUCCCACGACAAAAGACAAGCACCCAAAUUAUACCUAGCGUAAAGCAUUUACAAAGAAGAUGCCGCUAAGGGCAGAAAUUCGAUUUAAAGCUAAAACUGUUGUGACGUCAUUCUCACGUGAUAUUUAUUCCGAUAGCCCCAAAAAUAGAGCGUUUUCACUCACGUGGCCAGCAUCUAAGCAAAUUUAUUGGAACAAAAGAAAGCGUUUGCAUAAGAAAAGAGUUCAGCUCCCAGAGGACUGGUUUGAGACACCAACAUGGCCGCCGUUUCAUUGUUUUGGGACACCAAUAUGGCCGCCGUGACAUCAUGUGAAAACACUCUAUAAUAUCAAAAUAAAGUUAAGUCUAUAUGUAAAUACAUGUGUUAUAAUGUUUUUACACUGCAGUAAAAACUCGCGAAUAAGAACCUGACAAUUAAGAAUUUGUUAGCCUAAAAUUUGCCAUUUAUACCCCCUAUCACAAGAACCUAUUUAAUCUAGUAAAAGAAAAACAGGUUCUUAUUUUUUAAAAUCAUAUUAGUGAAACGCACCUGCAAAGCUGUGCAAGAAUCCUGUUUGGAGAAUUAGGAACUUGGCAUUGCGGUGCAAAUAAAAGUGCUAAUUUAUUGAUGUAAUCAGGAAAGAAAUGAAGUUCAAGGGGUUAAUAUUGUUGCAUUGCGUUGAAAUUGAAAAGUAGGCUGAUUACCAUCUUGUUUUGUAGCUUGUUUUUUAAUAUCUUUUUUUUUUUUUACAGAAAUAAGAACCUAUUUAAGAACCUAAAUAGCCUAAAAUUGUAUUAACUACCCUUUAUUAAGAACCUGUUUAGGCUAACUCCGGAAAAUGUAGGUUCUUACUCGCGGGUUUUCAUACUGUAAAGAUCAAUUUGUUUAAGUAUAAGAGAUUCAAAGGUAGAAGGUGUAGCUAUAAAAAUACUGGGUCGAGCCACCUUAAUGUGAGACAAGCAGCCAAAAUUAGGAUUUUUCACAGUCAGUGUUUAAAAUUCUCCACUGUAUAAUCCACCCGCUACAAAGAAAAGCUAGAAAACCUCUGAGUGUUGUUCUAGAGCAAAACGCUAAGGUCAUGAUUCGCGAGCUUAUGAUUGUGUUUGGCGUGUCAUUAUUGUAUUUCCUGUGCAUGUGUGUUUGAUGUAGAACAGUAGCACUGUCAUCACUUCGUUGUGAUUGGGUCGUUUCACUGUCGACGUGCGAAGCCUUCUCUGGGCACUGUUCUAUUUAUAAAUCUGCUCAGGAAAGGAUUGACUCCAAGGGCUUGUAUGAGAGAUAAAGAGAGUCAUAGGCUACUGAUCUGAGUCACCAAGAGUUUGCGACACCAACUUAGACAAUGGCGGUGAGGGACCUGGGACUACUAUAAACUCUUAAACCCUUACAUUUAUUAUAAUCGGUCGCAAAAUUUCUGAGGUUACUUAUUAUUUCACUUCCUACCUCUUAUCAUUUCGAAAUUUAAAAGUAAUUUUAGGACUUAACCACAAUGUCUUGUUAUUUCGUUCCUUUUUGUAGGAACUGUCACAGAGGGAAAGAACUUAUACAUUUCUCGAGCUCUGGGUAACGACACAUGGUCAUGUGAUAAGUCAAAGCCUUGUAAAACGAUUUCACGAGCUGUUGAGUUAGCGUCAAGUGGGGAUCACAUUCUUUUGGCUGGCAAUAACACAGACAGAGAUCCCUACACCUGUCGAUCAAUGUCACCAGAGCAUUCAGGAGUUCAGAUAAAUAAGAGUUUGUCUAUUAUGGGAUAUGGCAGUCCCACGCCUCACAUACAAUGCAGCAAAGGAGGAGGUUUGCAGAUUAACGGUUCUUAUAACGAGCAGCAAAUGAAAGUAACCUUAUCAAGGUUACUUGUAAGUCAAAGCUCUAUCAUGGUCCAAGAUUCUUCUGUUUAUAUCGAUGGUUGUAGAUUUGAAGGCAGCAACCAGGGUGUGGUGAUCAACAUCCGUACCAGGUUAUCCUUAAACAUUCUGGUUACAAAUUCGUUUUUUUACAAUAACAGUGCGUGCAUCUCAGUCCUGGUGAACAGUACAACGAAACAUCCAAAGAACAUUCAAGUAGUCUUCAGGAUGACAAAUUCUUCUUUGUUAUAUGGCAAUGUCGUAAAAGAUGUGGGCAGAUGUAUUUCGUUUACGGAAUCACAGAACAGUGGCCAGUCUGUAAGCUUCAAUAUCACCCUGGAAAAUACAACUUUUUUUGGCAACAAAUUUAUUUUACCACAAGGUCUUAUUUUCUUAGAGAGCAACAAUGGCAGCCAAUACAUUCAAUUCAAAACUGUGACUUUCUUUGACAAUGGUAUUUUAUCAACGAGAGAAGAUUUGAUGGAUGAUAGUGUAUUGUGCAUAGUUCGUAGUACCGAUGUAAAUAUUUCUAUAAGUUCGAGCACGUUUAGCAGUGAUUAUGCAAAAGUACUCAACGGAAGUGCAGAGGAUAUUUCUUUUCACAUCUAUAACUCGACUUUUUGUGGUCACAGAGGACGCACUAACGGCGGAGUCAUCUCUUUGCAAGGAAGUAACUUAUGCAAUUUGAACGUAUCAAAAUCAUCGUUUGUAAACACAUCUGCUGUUGUGGGUGGAGCAAUCAGCAUUGAAUGCGCCACUAUUGAUGUUUUCAGCCUCAACCAGAAUAAUUUUACAAACAACACAGCAGUUAGGGGAGGCGCUGCUUUAUAUAUCAAGGCUGUUAAGGCCUCAGUAGUACUGCGGCAUUUAACUUUUACCAACUGUAAAACUUUUAUUGGUGUUGGAAGUGGAGUUUUAAUAAACACCACUCUUGACUCACGGAACAAAAAGUCUGGCAACGCCUUGGUAUUGACGGUGGAGAGCUGUCGUUUUGAAGGAUGCGGGACUAAGGCUAUUCGUCCUGGUGGUUCUUUGGGUGUGGUUUGUAAAACACAAACUAAAAUAAACAUUAGUAAUAGUAAUUUUAUUUCCAAUUUUGGCGCUCUACUCAUAUGGGUUGAACCAUAUUUACCUGAAUCGACAGCAAACAGCAAUUCGAUUAAAUGGAGCUACGUCAAGAUACAAAACUGCAUGUUUUUGCACAAUAGAGGUUUGUACUCGACUCCUGUCUCAAUAACGGUAUCCAAUCAAAGUGUCGUUAUUUUUCGAAAUGUGAUUAUGGAAUCGAAUAGGGCGUUUAUUCAUCCUGGAACCGGAUGGGGAGGAGCUGCCUCUAUUGAAGGCAAUUGCUUUCUUACAAUAGAAAAGUGUCGAUUCUCAAAGAAUACAGCGGGUAAUGUAGGUGGCGCAUUGUCAGUUACAGUAACCUCACUCAUUGUCAAGGAUUCUCUUUUCGUGGGCAAUAAAGUUACAGCUUUUCGUGCUGGAUAUGGAGGCGCUCUAUCUGUUGCUGCUAUGUCCGCUGUCAUCUUUAACUCCACAUUCAGCAAUUGUUUUGGAACGUAUGGAGGUGCUAUCCAUGCAGAAUCACGUGGCAAUAUAACAAUAAAGAAAUGUCAAUUCGUGGAGAACAAUGCAGGUCAUAUGGACAAAGCAGAGACUGGCGAAGGAGGAGCCGCUCUCCUCUUUGGAACUCAUGUGCUAUUUGAAGAAACAACUUUUUAUAGAAAUACAGGCGUUUGGGGUGGUGCUGUUGUUUUGGGAAAUAGUGGGGCAACAUUUAAAAACUGCUAUGCUGUAGACAACUUUGCAGCAGUCCAAGGUGGGUUUUUGUCCUUAGGCUAUGAUGUAAAAGGUGUUGUUAUACAUGUACAAGAUAGUGUUUUUAAGCAAACUGUAGCAGAGUUAAGGUGGUCAGAAUUUAGUUACAAAAAAGCCUUAUUUAUACACGCAGACAGUUUGGAGGAAUUAAAAAUAUUUAACACAACAAUGGAAUCUACACCAUAUUACAGUAAUGGUGUUCUACUGUUGGUCACCAACGUCACUGUCAUGGAUUUUGGAAAAGACAACUCGACUAUUCUUAACUGUCCUAUUGGGAGUCAGAUCGAGAUUCUCAGUUUUACCAUGGGUAGACUUCCAAACGGCACUUUUAUUUGGCAGUUUAGCUGUUCAGCCUGUGCAGACAAUUCCUACAGUCUACAGCGCGGUCGUGCUGUUGGGUCUCAUGUGGUACCAGGAUUUCAGUGUCUUCCAUGCCCAUUUGGAGCAAACUGUUCUCAAAAUAUAAUCUCCAAACCAAACUUUUGGGGUUUUAAAGAGAAUAUUACUCCACCGACUCUUAAAUUUACGUUGUGUCCGGUUGGUUAUUGUAGUCCUCCUAACGAAACAGAGUUUCCCAAAUACAACGGUUGCCAGGGUAACCGUACUGGCAAAUUAUGUGGACACUGCAAUGAUGCUUACUCGGAGACACUUUACCCUACAGCCUGCAGGCCCUCAAACGAGUGCAAUGACUAUUGGUUUUUGCCUGUGGCGUUAGUCUACGUAUCGCUAAUGGCAUUUUACUUGACAUUUAAACCUCCUAUAAUACCUUGGAUUGUGCGUCAAAUCAAGUGGUUUAAAACCAACGAUACGGCAGAUGAGGAAAGUAACAGCGACGGAGGUUAUGUUAAAAUAAUCUUCUAUUUUUAUCAGGCUGCGGACCUUCUCCUUGCCUCAAACACAUCACGGCGUUUUGUGGAGGGUAAAGUAAAGAACAUCCUUGUUGGAGUGUUCAACUUUCGACAAUCGUUUUCAUCAAAUGGACUGAUUUGUCCCUUUCGAGGCCUCACAGUAGUAACGAAGCAGUUAUUUUCGGCUUCUGACGUAUUUGGAACAUGUCUAAUGAUAGGUGUCUUGUAUUGUUUGCACAGAGGAGCUCAGAGGUGUCGAAGAAAAGAGGCCCCAACUUUUUCUCCUUAUAUGGCUGGCAUUUUACAGACAAUGUUGCUAGGAUACAAAACGCUUGCUUCAGUGAGUUUUAACCUCUUACGAUGUGUGCCAAUCGGCUCAGAGAAACGCUUGUUUUUGGAUGGAAACGUUGUCUGUUUUCAGUUGUGGCAAUAUAUUCUGAUUGCAUUUGUCGUGGCUUUUGUUAUGCCGUUUGUUUUUGUCUUACUUUGGGGAUGUUAUAAGUUGCACAACGGAAGCCUAUCUGUGGCGAAAUUUCUAUUGGCUUGCUGUUUUCCAUUUCCAUUUCUUCUUUACUGGCUAUUCCUGUUUCUGCUUUGUGUAAAACGAAAUGCGGCCCAAACAGACACAGCCACAAGGCAAAUGUCCAAGAGAUCUGUGGAGACGACACUUUUUGGCUGUUUCAAGAAGCCUGCGAAUGGUGGAAUUCUCUCUUUGGGCUGGGAAAGUGUUAUGAUCGGACGCCGGCUUAUUCUCAUUUUGUUGAAAACAUUUGUCAAUGACCCAAUGCUCCGUCUAUUCAUCAUGAGUUUCCUUUGUGUUCUGUUUCUCCAACAUCAUUCCAUGACUCAGCCGUUUCGGGAUAUCACUGCCAACAGAGUUGAAACCAUUUCGUUGCUGUCUCUUGUCCUCUUGGGAAUGGUAAACAUGUUUUUUGCCUCCUUUGUAUCUUUGGCUGUUCCAUUAACCGAUCAUUUUAAGUUCUCGUGGUAUUUCUGUGAAGUAUUAGAAACCGCCAUUCUAUGCGCAGUACCUGCUAUUAUUAGUAUAUUUGUAAUUGGUGCUGCUUUAUCGCUGGUGAUCCGCUUUCUUCUCGCUUGUUUCAGGUGGUGUUACAGUAAAUUUAAACAAAGUGAAGAUAUGAGGCCACUUUUG